UUGUGAAAUAUCCCAAAAAUUGUCAAUAACAGUUUGUCAAGAUAUAGUUGCACCGCACACGUGCACACAGUGUCUGGAAGCAGUUUUUAUGUGAGGAUGAAUCCAUUCGAAUUUCCUCGACGAGUGGCGGUGCUGUUAAAGCAGACUCUGCGUGGCAAGAAAAAUCAUCCCUAGAAAUGUCAGUUUCUCGAUUUACUUUGACCAAAAUGGAAGAAGACACCACAGGACUUAAAACAUUAAUAUCACAUCGAAGGCAUCGCCCAUCGUACACGAGGGUAAUUUCGCAAGAAUUUAGCAAAGAAAGAGUAGCAGUAGAAAGAAGAGGAAAGAGAAAAGCCCAGCGUCACUCCGGCAAAUCAACAGAUCUGUCUGAUUCCUUUCAUCCAUCUACCAGUGAAACAACGAACUUUAAUCAGGAGGGAUGUGUUUUAGAUGAUGAAAAUGACAGUACAGAUGAUAGCAAAUAUUUUUCUGCUGAGGAAAAUCCUGUUCCUAAUGAAAAUACGAAAUUAAACUGUAAUUUUUUACCAUCAUCAUCUUCAUAUUCAUCUAAUGAAGGGGAUUUAGAAACAGCCAUGAAAGUUAUACAUAAAUAUGAAAAUAAAGACACUUUGCAUAUCGUGGUAGAUAAAAGUACACAUGGAAUCCAUAAAAGAGCUCCAAGAAAAAAACAGAAAAGGAAGUGGAGACAGUUAAAUGCCAGUAAUUCGGUUUGUCUCUUCCGAGAGCUCCCUUUCUUUGAUAUGGGUGUAUUGGAAGACCCAGGAAGUGUUGAUGUAAACAAAGGUAUCCCCUCCUUAUAUACUCUCUGUGUGAAAGCGUUGACGAAAAAUAUAAGAAAACUGCAUAAAUGUUCCAUCAUUCCAUGCAGUAUAAAACGAGACAUUGACAAAGAGACUUUAUUUUACAAUGAAAAAGUAAGCUGGCUUAAUACAUAUUUAGCCAAAUUUGAAGAGAUGCAAUCCAAGUACAGCAAUCUGAAUGUUCCCACCAGAACUGUAUGGAAUUAUAAGCCACGCCCCCCUGAAGUCUAUAGAAGGAGGGGGAGAGGAGACAUCUUCCCUAAAGGGGACAUAGAAAUCAGCUGUCUGCCUGUAAUUAACCUCUGUGCCUUCAAAGAAUGUCAUCGCAGGAUUUACGUCAUUAAUCACGUGAUGUGUGUUCUUAGCAGCUUAUUGCAUUUAACAUUGCCCUACCCUGAUCCAUAUACGGGCAAGCUCACAUACAACCGAAAGAACAGGAAAUUAUCCACUUCUUAUGACAGAGCUGUGGAAAAUGUUACUGUGCCGCUGCGACAGAGUUAUCCUGAAACUAUGAAGAUGCUGUAUGACAAAGUCCUGCCGUAUGUUUUCUGGGCAAGAGGUGAUGUCAAAAGAGCAAAGGAAGGUUUUCUUUAUCUGAUCAGCACCAACAUAAAACCCAGAUAUAAAGCCAUGUAUGUGUAUGAGAUGGGGAGAAUGCUGCGAUUCUUUGAAGACCCUACACAAGUGAACUUAGCGAGCAUAUCAGAAAUCUCGGAGAUCUUUGUGUCCAAAGCCUAUCAUUGCCAAGCUGAAGUGGCACAGCAAAUAUCCAAACAAUCAUUUCUACUGAAGGCCAAUUUGUAUGACCAAGGUGUGCUGACCAUUGAGAAAGCUAUACAAGCAGCAGACCUGUGGACCUACUCUGUCCAUGCCCUCCCUGCCUGGGGUACAGAUAGUUGGGAGCACUUCUAUUUCAUGGACUCAUUGCUGUGCUACCAUGCCAGCACACGUUUUGAGAUGGGAGUGGAUUGGCUGAAUUAUACCAAAGAGAGGCUGGAGCCUCUAUGUGGAGUUUAUCCAGAUCUGUAUAUUUUCCUGUCCAUGUUGUACGCCCUGCAGAAAAAUGAAAGGCGAUCACAAAGCACCUUCCUAGAUUUCCAAAAGCAUGAGACUAGGGUUACCCUAACCCUAAUUACUGGCAGCAUAUCGCAUCCAUGGACAGCUCUGAUGGAGGCUGUGAAGCAAUCGCCAUCUUUCAGACCCCUCAAAGUCCUCUGGAGAACCCAGUUGAAUCCUCCUAAGUUCAACGUCAAAAUAUUUGACACGAAUAGUAGGUCAAUGGCAGUGGACUUUCCAGAAGACUGUGAACCUACUGAAGCAGAUAUCAGUGGUCAUGACCUUAACCUACAUUUAACACCUGAAGGUCACCUGACAGGAGAUUUGCAGAUUUCCCUUCCUCCUCUACAAUCAGUUCUCCUUGAUCCCUACACUGGGUCGAUAUGUUUACCUGCAGCAGAAACAGUGAAGAUCCUGAGAAACUUUCAUUCAGUCCCAACCUACGUUUCUUAUUUUUUAUAUGGCAAAUGUUGCUUUCCCCAACCACUCCCAACACCAAUGGAAGUUUAUCGUGGUCAGAAUGGCACUGUCCAGCUGAUCUUUUCUGGUUACUCCAAGGACAUGCCCGCUGAAAUUAUCAUCAAACUGUUCUGGGAGGGAACAAAUGGAGAGACGGCAGGGAUCAACCUGGCCUCCCAACUCAGAGACCACACCUAUCAGAGAGCGAUGGACUUGGUCAAGUCAUUAAGUACUGAUGACGAAGUAAAAGCUUGUAUGCUGGAAGUCUUCAGGCUGUGUUACAGCGACGGUUACAAGAUUCCUCUGGUGAACCCCAUGGACAAAAGUUAUCUAUUCGAAUACGUGCGAGCUGCCUAUAAGAACUACCACACUCAGAGGAAAGAAAGCAAGCAGAACAAGACUGCUCCACCCAGCCCGCCUAGUGCUAUGAGAAUUAUGCAGGAAAAGUUUAAAGAGUCAGCGUCUCUUAGGCUGUUUGAACGUCCACUAGUAUUCGGCGAGGACAUUUUGUUCCGGUUUAAUGUGGAUCAUUCACACUACUACGAACAUUUAGUGGUGAUUCACACCCAAAACAGGAAAGAUUUCAAACAUCCAACAAUACUGAUGAAAUGCAUGAAUGGUAUCACUCCGCACUUUCCAGACGGGAUAUCAAGGUCUGCAGAGCGUUUCUAUCUAAGUCAUGCAGAUAGAGGUAACAGAUAUCGGAAUAUCAUGGUGUUUGACAGAAACCUACAUCAGGUGGAUGUAAUUGAUACUGCCAUACUGCAACCAAUCGAGAGCGACAUCCAUAUCCCAAUCGUCAUCAGGAGGUCCGUGUUUGCCAUCAAUGCCUCACAUUGUCUGUACUGUGUAAGUAAUCAGAAUGGGUGUACUGCGGAACAUCUGGAUCCGAUUCAUCGCCUGACCUUCCUGGGGGAUAUGUUAGUAAUGGUUACCGUCACUGGAUAUCUACUGUUUUUUGAAAGUCUAUCACUUCUGCCAAUCAGUGUAAUCGUUCAUCCUCGGGCAUUUUCUUUGAUACUGGACAAUUUGUUCAUCUUUGAAAUCUGCAAUUAUCUCAAAAUUCUUGGAGAGAAGUCAUUCCGUGACGACAGCAAUCAAGAGUAUGUGAGGGCAGCCAUUGCUCUGGACAGUAAACUUAUCAUCAUUAAAACUCAGCCAAAUACAUAUGGUUUAAACAUAGAAGACAUAGCACCUGUCAGAGUGACCUCAUCAGUAACCUUGUCUGGCCAGGCCAAGGACGUCUGUUUCCUCAGUGAAUCGGCUGGUUACCUUGUGUCAGCCUCUAUUUUUAAUAACAAGCACAGACUGUACAGAGAAAUUCUCUUCCAUUAUAACCACGGGGGCCAGCUCCUGGGCGUUGUCCUGUCCCUGGGACCAGGACCAAGGUCCAUGUUCCCCGUUUAUCUCCCUGGAAAAUCAGAUUUAAGUACCAGCAACAGUCAGCUUGGACGCAAAGGCUGGCAUGUGUACAUGCGUGAUGGUCACGAUGGCAUUAUCUGUGUAUACUUGGGUGAUGUUGCAUAUUGUGAGCUGUCUUACACGGCUUGAAGCUAACUUUUUAUGUCACCAGUCCAGCCGGACUGAUGGGGUAUAAUUUCAACCAGUCCACAGAAAAUUUACCAGUCCAACAGUUUUCCAGAAACAAUAAAACAUUUCAUUUAUGUUAUGAAAAUGAAAUUUAACUCAAUAUGUCUCUGACAAUAUUGUAACACUUAUGUGAGAUUUAUGUUUACUAAUCAGGUUCGUCUGAUAUCUAGAGAAGCAUGCCAAAUGUGUGUAUAAGAUUUCAUAAGUAUAUUUUCCAAAAUGAUGCUUUAGAAAAUUAACCCGUCCCAUCAGACU